AUGUUAGAUCCAGAAGAAGAUAACACACCAGCUGCUUCUGUAGAUGAUAGGGUGUUGACGGGACAAGGCUUAGCAUCUGGGAUGGUGACAGCACGACCUGUUUUUAUGCCAGAUACUUUUACAGGAGCUAAUCGGAAACUAGAGGGGGUGGGCACAGAGGGCCAAAUGCCUGCCCCCUCAUUAGUGAAGCCCACAAGAUUGGCCCUGUGUAACCAACCCAGCUCUGGAGUGUACCUCAAUGCUAAAAUAGGUGGGCAGGGGAUGAAGAUUGGGACCUUGUCUACCGAUGUGGUGGUUGGGCCUGAAGCAGUGGCUCUUAGUAAGCAGGAUGAGUUGGAGGUGCCCGGAGGGUGGUCUGUGGAUACUCUUUUAAUGCAGCUGGGGUUAGAUCAAAAGGGGCUGUCUAUGGGUGAAACGCAGGCCAUCCAAGCCGUGGCCCCGACAGCGGCCCUCGGCAAGCCCCCGACAGCAGCCAUUGACUACUCUUUGACAUUUAAGCCCUUUGCAAAAGAAUUGAAUCCUAUCCAGGACAAACUGCUCAAUUAUGUGCUGGACACAGGACGGCCUGCAGCGGAAAUUAUUGUGAAAGAAGGGCCCUUAUGUAUCACACGUGAAGAAUUCUGGAGCCUGGGGUUGUUAAGAGACCUGGAUUCUCAUAUUGGGAAUGCCUGCUUUAAAUUGAUUCAUGAAGCAGAUCAGCAACAUGGCAAAGACAUUUAUAUAGAGGACAUGUUCGUUGUUCCUACAUGGAAGGAUACACAAAGCAACAUCACUGCCAACUUUCCAGAGGAUGUCGACAUGAAAGACGUCUUAGUCUUUCCAGGUUGGACCGACGCAAGCGGGCCAGAACACUUCGUUCUCUGUAGAUCUUGCUCAGAAAAUUGAUCCUGGGAGCUGGACUGAGAAGACUGGGCAUGAUAUUGUGG